UGCAAUUUGUAUCCGGCCGAGUCUCACGUGGACACCUCUUUUCACCAAUGGUGGAGCAGCCGUCUCUCGAGAACAUGAACCUGCUGGAGUUCUACAGGCAAACAUCCUGGCCUCAGGAUUCAUGGCCUCAGAUGGUGAGGAAAAGGCAUUUGUCGAAUUUUCUGGAGCGGCAUGGCUUUGUGGAUGAACAUAGCCCACGGAGGCUCAAUGGAAAGGUUCGCUUCGAGUGCAUGUAUCCCAUCCACGUGGCCGCCCAGACGGCGGAUGUCCCCAUGCUUCGCAUUCUCCUGGACCUCGGCGUGGACCCUCAGACCGGCGCGGCCGAGGGACGGACGGCGUGGCAGAUCGCGGAGGAGGCGAACCGCGACGGAUCGCAUCGCCGGGUCUUGCAGCUCUUGGAGCAUUCGCAACGGGUGAAAUCGGUGACCCUGUAGAACAGUUGGUUGAGUCACCAAGGUGGUGCAGUUGAGAGAAU